GAGGAAAUGAAUCACACAUUCGACUCUGUCCAUCAUCAACCUCAAAUAACACAAACUGCACUCAUGACAAUGAUAUAGGACUGAUAUGUUCUGGUUACACUGACGUCAGACUGGUCAAUGGUCCAAAAGCAUUUUGGAGUGAUCUGCUCUAAUUCCUCUCUGUCUGUUCAUGACGGUCUGGUGCGGUUGUCUGGAGAGAGACAGUGUGAGGGGGAGCUGGAAGUUUCCAUCCAUCAGGUCUGGAGGAGAGUUCUGCUGGACUCCUGGAGUCUCACUGAAUCCUCUGUGGUCUGCAGACAGCUGGGCUGUGGCUCUGUGCUGAACUUCUCCGGCUCCUCUUCAUCCAGUCCUGAACACAGUCAUGAGUGUGUGACGGGCUUCCAGUGCUCUGGGAGUGAAGCUCAUCUGGGGAACUGCAGCUCUCCACAAACUCUCAACUGCAGCUCCACACAACAGCUGUCAAUCUCCUGCCUUGGCCGCGGGUCCAUCAGGCUGGUGGGUUCUGGGGGAGACUGUGCAGGGAGGCUGGAGGUUUUUCACAGCGGCUCAUGGGGGACAGUGUGUGAUGACUCCUGGGAUAUUAAAGAUGCCCAUGUGGUGUGCAGACAGCUGCAGUGUGGAGUGGCCCUCAGUAACCAGCAGGUACCAGCCUGGUUUGGUCCUGGUUCUGGACACAUAUGGCUGGAUGAGGUGGAGUGUGAGGGGAAUGAGACGUCCCUGUGGAACUGCUCUUCUCCAGGCUGGGGGAAACAUGACUGUCAACACAAGGAGGAUGUAGGAGUCGUGUGCUCAGAGUUUAAAGAGAUCAGGUUAACUGAGGGCUGUGAAGGGAAUGUGGAGGUUUUCUACAAUGGAUCCUGGGGUAAUGUGUGUUACAACAAGAUGGACAGAGACACAGCGAGUCUGAUCUGUCAAGAGCUGAACUGUGGAAGAUCUGGCAGUGAACCCGAUUAUUCAGAGGGACUGAAGUCUCAUAACUGGCUGGAUUAUAUUAAAUGCCGACGUCAUGAUUCCACUCUAUGGCAGUGUCCAUCUUCACCCUGGGGACAGAAUGACUGUAAUAAUGAAGUGGCCAAAAUCACCUGCUUAGACGAGGAUCCCGAGUCUCCUCAGAGUCGUCGCACAUGUUCUACUUCACCAUCUCCUCACCAGAGACAGUGUUCAAAUCAUGUUCCUCUCAGACUGAGUGGAGGUUUGGGCCGGUGCUCUGGGAGGCUGGAGGUGUAUCAUAACACUGUGUGGGGUUCAGUCUGUGCUGAUCUGUGGGACAUCAGCGAUGCUCAGGUGGUCUGCAGGCAGCUGGGUUGUGGAGACGCACUGAGGGCUGAUGGGAAUUCAGUCUUUGGUGCUGGUGAAGGUGUUGUGUGGAUGAACAGAGUCGAGUGCAGAGGGAAUGAGAUUCACCUGUGGGACUGUCCUCACUCCCUGAAGAACCACACUGACUGUUCCCACAAAGAUCACGCUGGACUCACAUGUGCAGAUUUGUCAGUGUCCACUACUCCUGCCACAACAACAUCAUCUUCUCGUCCAGUUUCUCAGACAGUGCGCUCAACAUCAGUCACUCCUCCACAAACUCCUCCAGCAGCGUCUCUCUCUGUGCUUGUGGUUGUACUGGGAGUUUUGCUCGUACUGCUCUUAGUGCCACUGCUUAUACUGGUUCAGCAGAACAGAGUGAUGAGGAGAGAUCUCUCUAAGAGGAGACACAAGACGACGACUGAGGCCGUUUAUGAGGAGAUUCAUCACAGGCCCAUUAAUAGACAGAGUUUCUUCACAAAGGGGGACAGGGCUAAUGAAAUCGCGGGUUACUAUGAUGAUGUCAUUACUGAUGGACUGAAACCAAAACAAGACACACCUGGGAGCUAUGAUGAUGUCACCACCAGUGUUCAGAAUCAGAACUCUAGUAUUAAAGAAGUUGACAUGCCAGAAAAUUAUGAUGAUGUCAUCAUUAAUGAACAGGCACCUCAAGGUGUAAUGGAGGGAGAUCAGGAGGAGUACGAUGAUGUGAAGAACAGCAAUGAAGAUUACAGAAACCUGUUGGACUAUGAUGAUGUGGAGGAGGAGUCAAAAGUGUUGGGCUUUGAUGCUGUAAAUAAACUGGAGAGUUUCCUGUCUCCUGUAAACCGUGUGAAUGUGCGGCUGGUUGGUGGUCACAGUCGCUGUGCUGGUAGAGUGGAGGUUCUUCAUAGAGGUCAGUGGGGAACAGUGUGUGGUGCUGGCUGGGAUUUGGCUGAUGCUGCAGUCGUGUGUAGAGAGCUGGACUGUGGAGAACCUGUAGAUGCUCUGGGUGAUGCUCAUUUUGGACCAGGAUCAGGACCAAUCUGGAUGAGUUAUGUCGCGUGUACUGGAUCAGAGUCUACACUGAAGAACUGUAGGUCAGCAGGAUGGGGUAGAAGCAACUGUGAUCAUAGUAAUGAUGCUGGAGUCAUCUGUUCAGAAGUCCGGCUGGUUGGAGGUUCUCGCUGCUCUGGGAGGUUAGAGAUACUUGAUGAUCAGUCGUGGGUGUCAGUGUGUGACGCUGCCUUUGACCAGCAGGAUGCAGAGGUUGUGUGUAGAGAGCUGGACUGUGGGGCUCCUGUACAGGUGCUGGGAGAAGAUGCUUUUGGAAAAGGAGACGCUCAGAUGUGGACACAAGAGAUUCAGUGCAGAGGAAAUGAGUCUCAGAUUCACCUCUGCCCGACAUCACCGUUAGAUGAAAACAACUGUUCGGAUGCGCACAACAUUGGUUUGCUGUGUACUGACAUAAGAAAUGUGAGACUGGUAAACGGUAGCAGUCGCUGUGCUGGUAGAGUGGAGGUUCUUCAUAGAGGUCAGUGGGGAACAGUGUGUGGAGCUGGCUGGGAUUUGGCUGAUGCUGCAGUGGUGUGUAGAGAGCUGGACUGUGGAGAACCUGUAGAUGCUCUGAGUGAUGCUCAUUUUGGACCAGGAUCAAAACCGUUUAGGAUGAAAAGUGCAAUGUGUGCUGGAUCAGAGUCUACACUUAAGAAAUGUGUAUUCAUGCAACCCACUGAUCUUGAUGUGUGUCUUAAUAAGAGCGCUCAGGUCAUUUGUUCAGAAGUCCGGCUGGUUGGAGGUUCUCGCUGCUCUGGGAGGUUAGAGAUACUUGAUGAUCAGUCGUGGGUGUCAGUGUGUGACGCUGCCUUUGACCAGCAGGAUGCAGAGGUUGUGUGUAGAGAGCUGGACUGUGGGGCUCCUGUACAGGUGCUGGGAGAAGAUGCUUUUGGCAAAGGAGACGCUCAGAUGUGGACACAAGAGAUUCAGUGCAGAGGAAAUGAGUCUCAGAUUCACUUCUGUUCAAAAACACCAUCACACAAACACAACUGUUCUUAUGACAAUGAUGUUGGACUGGUGUGUGCAGACAAUUUGAGAGUAAGGCUGGUUGGUGGUCACAGUCGCUGUGCUGGUAGAGUGGAGGUUCUUCAUAGAGGUCAGUGGGGAACAGUGUGUAGAGCUGGCUGGGAUAUGGCUGAUGCUGCAGUGGUGUGUAGAGAGCUGGACUGUGGAGAACCUGUAGAUGCUCUGACUGAUGCUCAUUUUGGACCAGGAUCAGGACCAAUCUGGACAAAUCCCAGGUUAUGUUCGGGAUCAGAAUCUACACUGAAGAACUGUGGAACAUUAAAUUGGGGUUUUUAUGACUGUGAUCAUACUAAAGAUGCAGGAGUAAUCUGCUCAGGUGUCAGGCUUAUUGGAAACUCCAGUUGCUCUGGGAGGUUAGAGAUACUUGAUGAUCAGUCGUGGGUGUCAGUGUGUGACGCUGCCUUUGACCAGCAGGAUGCAGAGGUUGUGUGUAGAGAGCUGGACUGUGGGGCUCCUGUACAGGUGCUGGGAGAAGAUGCUUUUGGAAAAGGAGACGCUCAGAUGUGGACACAAGAGAUUCAGUGCAGAGGAAAUGAGUCUCAGAUUCACUCUUGUCCAACAUCCUUACACAAAAACAGCUGUUCAGAUUAUAAUUACCAAGGGCUGUUCUGUGCUGGUGAGUCAACAGAAUAUAGCAUCAUACCUUUUACUAAUAGGAUGCAUCUCACUUUACACACACGAACACGAACUAGUGUGCUUACAGAGAUGCACCUACAGUCUCUAUCUGUAUUUUUCUGUCAUUUAGAUAAAAAGAAUGUGCGGUUGGUUGGUGGUCACAGUCGCUGUGCUGGUAGAGUGGAGGUUCUUCAUAGAGGUCAGUGGGGAACAGUGUGUGGUAGUGGUUGGGAUUUGGCUGAUGCUGCAGUGGUGUGUAGAGAGCUGGACUGUGGAGAACCUGUAGAUGCUCUGGGUGAUGCUCAUUUUGGACCAGGAUCAGGAACAAUCUGGAUGGAUCUUGUAUUUUGCACUGGAUCAGAGUCAACACUGAAGAACUGUGGGUCAUCUGGAUGGAACAUACAUGGCUGUACUCACAAUUAUGAUGCCGGUGUCAUCUGUUCGGGCCAUCAAGCUUCCAGACUCAUUAAUGGAUCUCACCUCUGCUCUGGGAGGUUAGAGAUACUUGAUGAUCAGUCGUGGGUGUCAGUGUGUGACGCUGCCUUUGACCAGCAGGAUGCAGAGGUUGUGUGUAGAGAGCUGGACUGUGGGGCUCCUGUACAGGUGCUGGGAGAAGAUGCUUUUGGAAAAGGAGACGCUCAGAUGUGGACACAAGAGAUUCAGUGCAGAGGAAAUGAGUCUCAGAUUUCAUUUUGCUCAAUUUCAUUAUCACACAAACAAAGCUGUACCAGUGACUUUAAUGUGGGUCUGGUCUGUUCUGGUUACACUGAUCUCAGACUGGUCAAUGGUCCUGACAUCUGUUCUGGAAGAGUGGAGCUUCGGUUCCUCAGUAAAUGGGGCACAGUGUGUGAUGCAUGCUGGGAUAUGAGAGCUGCCAGUGUCCUCUGUAGACAGCUGAAUUGUGGGAUUGCUGUGUCUGUUGUGGGAUCAGACUGGUUUGGAGAGGGAAGUGGUGAAAUCUGGGCUGAUGUGUUUGAUUGUGACGGGAAUGAAACAAAACUCUCAGAAUGUCCCGUCUCUUCAUGGAGUCGAGCUGAAUGUUCUCAUGGACGAGAUGUUGGAGUCAUUUGCUCUGAUUCCUCUCUGUCUGUUCAUGACGGUCUGGUGCGGUUGUCUGGAGAGAGACAGUGUGAGGGGGAGCUGGAAGUUUCCAUCCAUCAGGUCUGGAGGAGAGUUCUGCUGGACUCCUGGAGUCUCACUGAAUCCUCUGUGGUCUGCAGACAGCUGGGCUGUGGCUCUGUGCUGAACUUCUCCGGCUCCUCUUCAUCCAGUCCUGAACACAGUCAUGAGUGUGUGACGGGCUUCCAGUGCUCUGGGAGUGAAGCUCAUCUGGGGAACUGCAGCUCUCCACAAACUCUCAACUGCAGCUCCACACAACAGCUGUCAAUCUCCUGCCUUGGUGAGCCGCGGGUCCAUCAGGCUGGUGGGUUCUGGGGAGACUGUGCAGGGAGGCUGGAGGUUUUUCACAGCGGCUCAUGGGGGACAGUGUGUGAUGACUCCUGGGAUAUUAAAGAUGCCCAUGUGGUGUGCAGACAGCUGCAGUGUGGAGUGGCCCUCAGUAACCAGCAGGUACCAGCCUGGUUUGGUCCUGGUUCUGGACACAUAUGGCUGGAUGAGGUGGAGUGUGAGGGGAAUGAGACGUCCCUGUGGAACUGCUCUUCUCCAGGCUGGGAGAAACAUGACUGUCAACACAAGGAGGAUGUAGGAGUCGUGUGCUCAGAGUUUAAAGAGAUCAGGUUAACUGAGGGCUGUGAAGGGAAUGUGGAGGUUUUCUACAAUGGAUCCUGGGGUAAUGUGUGCUGGAACCAGAUGGACAGAGACACAGCGAGUCUGAUCUGUCAAGAGCUGAACUGUGGAAGAUCUGGUACUUUUUCCAAUUCUAUAACAAGGCUGGAUUCAGCUCGUAACUGGCUGGAUAAAGUAAAAUGUCGACCACAUGAUUCAAAUCUGUGGCAGUGUCCAUCUUUACCCUUGGGAAAGAAUGACUGUGGUGAAAAUGAAGUGGCCAAAAUCACCUGCUCAGAACAUAAAAGUCUUGAGUCCCCUCGAAGCUAUUUGACAAGUUCUACAUCUCCCUACAAGAGACAGCGUUCAGAGCAUGUUCCUCUCAGACUGAGUGGAGGUUUGGGCCGGUGCUCUGGAAGGCUGGAGGUGUAUCAUAACGCUGUGUGGGGUUCAGUCUGUGCUGAUCUGUGGGACAUCAGCGAUGCUCAGGUGGUCUGCAGGCAGCUGGGUUGUGGAGACGCACUGAGGGCUGAUGGGAAUUCAGUGUUUGGUGCUGGUGAAGGUGUUGUGUGGAUGAACAGAGUCGAGUGCAGAGGGAAUGAGAUUCACCUGUGGGACUGUCCUCACUCCCUGAACCACACUGACUGUUCCCACAAAGAUCACGCUGGACUCACAUGUGCAGAUUUGUCAGUGUCCACUACUCCUGCCACAACAACAUCAUCUUCUCGUCCAGUUUCUCAGACAGUGCGCUCAACAUCAGUCACUCCUCCACAAACUCCUCCAGCAGCGUCUCUCUCUGUGCUUGUGGUUGUACUGGUAGUUUUGCUCGUACUGCUCUUAGUGCCACUGCUUAUACUAGUUCAGCAGAACAGAGUGAUGAGGAGAGAUCUCUCUAAGAGGAGACACAAGAUGACGACUGAGGCCGUUUAUGAGGAGAUUCAUCACAGACCCACUAAUAGACAGAGUUUCUUCACAAAGGGGGAAGACACACCUGGAAGCUAUGAUGAUGUCAUCACCAGUGUUCAGAAUCAGAACUCUGGUAUUAAAGAAGUGGACAUGCCAGAAAAUUAUGAUGAUGUCAUCAUUAAUGAACAGGCACCUCAAGGUGUAACGGAGGGAGAUCAGGAGGAGUACGAUGAUGUGAAGAACAGCAAUGAAGAUUACAGAAACCUUCUGGACUAUGAUGAUGUGGGGGAGGAGUCAGUGUUGGGCUUUGAUGCUGUAAAUAAACUGGAGAGUUUCCUGUCUCCUGUAAUGGAGAGCGACGCAGAGACAUGGAAAUGGAUCCUGGCCGAAAAAGGUGCACUCCAUGAUUUAGAGAGCUCAGCGUGGAGUUCUGGCAGGAAGGCGCUGGGCGUCGGCAGCUUUGAAGGAAUCAGCCGUCGAGCCUGUUGGGCGCAAGCUCGAGGAAGAGGCUCCGGCGAGGCAUUCGCGGUGGUGACAGACUCCGGCGGCCUUUGUGAAAAAAGGCGUUUUUUCCUGCGCAAAGUCCGGCUGGUUGGAGGUUCUCGCUGCUCUGGGAGGUUAGAGAUACUUGAUGAUCAGUCGUGGGUGUCAGUGUGUGACGCUGCCUUUGACCAGCAGGAUGCAGAGGUUGUGUGUAGAGAGCUGGACUGUGGGGCUCCUGUACAGGUGCUGGGAGAAGAUGCUUUUGGCAAAGGAGACGCUCAGAUGUGGACACAAGAGAUUCAGUGCAGAGGAAAUGAGUCUCAGAUUCACUUCUGUCCAACAUCCUUACACAAAAACAGCUGUUCACAUGAUAAUUACCAGGGGCUGUUCUGUGCUGACAUAAGAAAUGUGAGACUGGUAAACGGUAGCAGUCGCUGUGCUGGUAGAGUGGAGGUUCUUCAUAGAGGUCAGUGGGGAACAGUGUGUGGUGCUGGCUGGGAUUUGGCUGAUGCUGCAGUGGUGUGUAGAGAGCUGGACUGUGGAGAACCUGUAGAUGCUCUGUAUGAUGUUCAUUUUGGACUGGGAUCAAAACCGUUUUGGAUGAAAAAUGCGAUGUGUACUGGAUCAGAGUCUACACUUAAGAAAUGUGGAUUCAUACAACCAACUGAUCCUGAUGUGUGUCUUAAUAAGAGCGCUCAAGUCAUUUGUUCAGGAGUCCGACUGGUUGGAGGUUCUCGCUGCUCUGGGAGGUUAGAGAUACUUGAUGAUCAGUCGUGGGUGUCAGUGUGUGACGCUGCCUUUGACCAGCAGGAUGCAGAGGUUGUGUGUAGAGAGCUGGACUGUGGGGCUCCUAUACAGGUGCUGGGAGAAGAUGCUUUUGGAAAAGGAGACGCUCAGAUGUGGACACAAGAGAUUCAGUGCAGAGGAAAUGAAUCUCAGAUUCACUUCUGUUCAAAAUCACAUGAAAACAACUGUUCACAUGAUAAUGAUGUUGGACUGGUGUGUGCAGACAAUUUGAGAGUAAGGCUGGUUGGUGGCCACAGUCGCUGUGCUGGUAGAGUGGAGGUUCUUCAUAGAGGUCAGUGGGGAACAGUGUGUGAUGAUUUCUGGGAUAUGACUGAUGCUGCAGUGGUGUGUAGAGAGCUGGACUGUGGAGAACCUGUAGAUGCUCUGGGUGAUGCUCAUUUUGGACCAGGAUCAGGAUCAAUCUGGACAAAUCGCAAAUUAUGUUCGGGAUCAGAAUCUACAUUGAAAAACUGUGGAACAAUAAAUUGGGGUAUUUAUGACUGUGAUCAUACUAAAGAUGCAGGAGUAAUCUGCUCAGGUGUCAGGCUUAUUGGAAACUCCAGUUGCUCUGGGAGGUUAGAGAUACUUGAUGAUCAGUCGUGGGUGUCAGUGUGUGACGCUGCCUUUGACCAGCAGGAUGCAGAGGUUGUGUGUAGAGAGCUGGACUGUGGGGCUCCUGUACAGGUGCUGGGAGAAGAUGCUUUUGGAAAAGGAGACACUCAGAUGUGGACACAAGAGAUUCAGUGCAGAGGAAAUGAGUCUCAGAUUCACUUCUGUCCAACAUCCUUACACAAAAACAGCUGUUCACAUGAUAAUUACCAGGGGCUGUUCUGUGCUGGUUACACAGAUACUAAACUGAUGAAUGGUUCAGACUCUUGUUCUGGAAGAGUGGAGCUUCGGUUUCUCAAUAAAUGGGGCACAGUGUGUGAUGCAUGCUGGGAUAUGAGAGCUGCCAGUGUCCUCUGUAGACAGCUGAAUUGUGGGAUUGCUGUGUCUGUUGUGGGAUCAGACUGGUUUGGAGAGGGAAGUGGUGAAAUCUGGGCUGAUGUGUUUGAUUGUGACGGGAAUGAAACAAAACUCUCAGAAUGUUCCGUCUCUUCAUGGAGUCGAGCUGAAUGUUCUCAUGGACGAGAUGUUGGAGUCAUUUGCUCUAAUUCCUCUCUGUCUGUUCAUGACGGUCUGGUGCGGUUGUCUGGAGAGAGACAGUGUGAGGGGGAGCUGGAAGUUUCCAUCCAUCAGGUCUGGAGGAGAGUUCUGCUGGACUCCUGGAGUCUCACUGAAUCCUCUGUGGUCUGCAGACAGCUGGGCUGUGGCUCUGUGCUGAACUUCUCCGGCUCCUCUUCAUCCAGUCCUGAACACAGUCAUGAGUGUGUGACGGGCUUCCAGUGCUCUGGGAGUGAAGCUCAUCUGGGGAACUGCAGCUCUCCACAAACUCUCAACUGCAGCUCCACACAACAGCUGUCAAUCUCCUGCCUUGGCCGCGGGUCCAUCAGGCUGGUGGGUUCUGGGGGAGACUGUGCAGGGAGGCUGGAGGUUUUUCACAGCGGCUCAUGGGGGACAGUUGUGAUGACUCCUGGGAUAUUAAAGAUGCCCAUGUGGUGUGCAGACAGCUGCAGUGUGGAGUGGCCUCAGUAACCAGCAGGUACCAGCCUGGUUUGGUCCUGGUUCUGGACACAUAUGGCUGGAUGAGGUGGAGUGUGAGGGGAAUGAGACGUCCCUGUGGAACUGCUCUUCUCCAGGCUGGGGGAAACAUGACUGUCAACACAAGGAGGAUGUA